AUGCUCAGUAUUGUGGGCACGUGGGGUGGUACUUUUGAAGAAACAAGAUGUCGAAAAGAGCUGCUAAGGGAUCUGCUGGUUCCAAGUUCCGUAUGGCCCUUGGUCUCCCAGUGGGUGCUGUUAUAAAUUGUGCUGAUAACACUGGAGCUAAGAACCUCUACAUAAUAGCAGUGAAAGGUAUCAAGGGUCGCCUAAACCGUCUGCCAGCAGCUGGGGCUGGUGAUCUAGUCCUGGCUACUGUUAAGAAAGGAAAACCUGAAUUAAGAAAGAAAGGUAACGGAGCGUUUUCAUUCUCUUUAUCAGAUAAUGCUGGUGUUAUUGUGAAUGUCAAAGGAGAAAUGAAAGGUUCAACAGUAGCUGGUCCAGUGGCUAAGGAAUGUGCUGAUAUUUGGCCGAGGAUUGCUUCUAAUGCCAGCAGUAUUGCAUAAGAGAACUUAACUUUAAUAUUAUUAUUAUUAAUUCUUUUGUCAUAAUAACAAUAACUAUUAUUAUGAUAUUAAUGUUGAAGAAAUUCUUUACUGGUACUCUAUAAAGAGAAACUGAA